AUGUUCGCAAAGCUCAAGGGCCUCGCUGGCCAGGGCGACGACGAGGGCCAGGGAGCUCAGCAUCGGCAGGAGCAGUCCCUCUCGACGGUCCUGCACACACAUGAACACCGGACAGAGCUGCUCAUGCUCGUGGCAGAGUCUACAGACUCGAUGCGCGCUCAGAUCCUCGACUCAUUCGAUCCCACCAAGGAGUGCCUUAUCCCCACCACGAAGCUCGGCAAGCCUGGUGGCCCGACGAGACAGGAUACCGAGAUUGCCAUCAAGGACGAGCAGGCCGCGGAGAAACCCGAAGGCAGUACUGCAGCAGCCCAGAACGUAGAGGGCGCUCAGCAGAAGGAUGAUGGCGCUGAAGACGCCAAGAAGGCGUUGGAGAGGCGGACCAAGCAGCUCAGCGAGCAGAAGAAUGUAGAACUCAUGGCGGCAGCUCUAGAGGCUUUCGACUCGUGGCGGGACAAGGUCAUACAGCGCAUCGGCGAGGCGGUCAAUGCGCAUGACGACGACGCCAGUGCGCAAGCGGAUUCAAGCCCGGAUUUCAACGAGGGAAGCCAGCCAUCUUCAUCUCUGGGACUGAGAAACCAAGAGCGACCCGGGGUCGACUCACUCGAUAUCCGCAAGGUGUUUGCGGUGCAAAAGACUCCUCUGGAAUCUCUUGGCGAGGCCAAGCGACUCUUGAUCCUCCACUCCUUGCUCCUCCUCCUCCUGAGCCUGGAGACAUACACCUCCUACUCGAGGAUCCUGAUGCUUCACAUCGCCACGGCUCUGUCACUUCCAUUGAACAUAUUGGCUCAGGAUGAGACCUCCGUCGCCAAGGGGCUCUUGGAGGCCGCGAAGCAGGAUAUGAACGCCGACGAGGAAACGAAGAAGAAAGCAGAGGAGAACUCGAUGGCCAGAAAGUGGAAGGUGGGCCUUGGCGCAGCCGCAGGUGCGGUGCUCAUCGGCGUGACGGGAGGACUGGCUGCGCCUUUGCUUGCCGCCGGGGUAGGCAGCGUCAUGGGAGGGCUGGGAUUGGGUGCCACGGCCACAGCAGGGUAUCUGGGUGCCCUUGCUGGCUCUGCGCCUCUAGUUGGUGUCCUGUUCGGGGCGUAUGGUGGGAGGAUGACAGGACAGGUGGUGGACGAAUACGCCAAACAGGUCGAAGAUUUCGGCUUCAUCCCGAUUCAUGGCAAAAAGGGACACAAAGCACCCAGACAGCUCCGUGUCGCGAUCGCGAUAUCUGGCUGGCUCAACAAGAAGAAUGAAGUCGUGGAGCCUUGGAACGUCCUGACCUGCGAAGGCACGGAGGUAUUCGCCUUGCGAUGGGAGCUCAAGGCCUUGCUCAACCUCGGCGACGCAAUGUACACAUACAUCACGAGCUACGCCUGGAGCUGGGCCAAGUCGGAGAUCAUCAAGCGCACGAUCUUUGCGACGCUCUUCUCCGCGCUGACUCUUCCCUAUGGACUUGCCAAGGCGGCCCGCGUGGUCGACAACCCGUUCAGCGUCGCGCGCUCGCGCAGCGAGAAGGCCGGCAUGGUUCUCGCGGACGCCCUGAUCAACAAAGUCCAGGGUGAGCGGCCGGUCACGCUGAUCGGGUACUCGCUCGGGUCGCGCGUAAUCUACUCCUGCCUCACGGAGCUCGCGAACCGCAAGGCCUUCGGGCUGGUCGAGUCCGUGUGCCUGGUUGGCGCCCCCGUGCCUUCAGACACCAUCACCUGGCGGCGCAUGCGCUCCGUCGUUGCGGGCCGCGUGAUCAACGUGUACUCGACCAAGGACUACCUUCUGGGCCUGCUGUACCGCACGAGCAGUCUGCAGUACGGCGUAUCCGGGCUGCAGAGCAUCCGCGACGUCCCCGGAAUCGAAAACGUCGAUGUUUCGGAGCUCGUCGAAGGCCACACGCAGUACCGGUUCCUCAUCGGGUCCAUAUUGCAAAAGGUCGGGCUCGAGGAUGUCGACCACGACGCGGUGGAGGCGCAGAUCUUCCAGGGCCGCAAGGAGCAGGAGAAGGAGGAGGCUGAGCGUGAAAAGAACGAAGCCGAGGUUGACCCCGCACAGUUCAAGGCUGAGCACGAAGAAAAGGGCUCUUCGGAGAAGCCCUUGGCGCAGUGA